UGUGGUCAGCACUACGGUCAGCACAGGUGUCAGUCACAAAAGGACAAUGAAUGCUGAAUCCGUUAACGACAACUAACUUUUAACAAGUAGCAGGCUGGCCUUCUGCCAGGGGCCGCCUCUGUUCAUCAACAGCACUGUCUGAUAGUGGGAGACUUAUUAAAGUCCAGGAUCGCGGGGAGCAAGCGCAAAAAUCUAAGAGCGGACAUUAAAAGAAGUGUUCCCAUUAUAAAGCUUGUCAUCUACGGGAUGGAGCCCCCUGACAGCUCCGACCUCGUGUCCUUAGAAUUAACGGUGGAAAACGUCGAGAAGGCCCUCCAGCAACUGUACUAUGACCCGGACAUGGAGCAUAAGAAUGUGGCCCAGAAGUGGCUGACUCAGGCCCAGACCUCCCGUCAGGCCUGGCAGUUCUGCUGGCCUCUGCUCAGCCCAGACAAGCUUCCUGAGAUCCAGUUCUUUGGCGCCAGCACCCUUCACACCAAGAUCUCCUGUCACUGGGCCGACCUCCCCACAGACCAACACCAGACACUGAGGAUGCAGCUCCUUUCCCACAUCUCCCACUUCUCCUCUGGGCCAAAGAUGGUGCUGACCAGGCUGUGUGUGGCCCUGGCCUCCCUGGCCCUCCACACCAUGCCCCAGGGUUGGCCCCAGGCUGUGGCUGACAUGGUCAGGGUCUACCAGCCAGAGAAGGCUGGGGAUCAGAGCGGAAGUCAGGGUGGGGCUGGUGGAGGAGGUGGGGCAGAGGAGGAAGUGAACGCCCACGCACACUGCCUGGCCCUGCUGGAGCUCCUCACCGUGCUGCCAGAAGAAUUCCAGAGCUGCCGGCUGCCCCAGGCCCGUCGUGCCCAGCUGAGGGAGGCCCUGGCUGGGGAGUGGACAGCGGUAUGUCCCCUGCUGCGCCAGCUGCUCCAGAGACAGGAGGGCAACAGCCAGGUGAAGGAGCGGGCCCUACGGUGCUUGUCUAGCUGGGUGGGACUGGAUGUUCCUCUGCAUGGGGAGAGCGAGGGGCUGCUGCAGGACUGUUUUGCUGCUCUGUCAGACCCGGAGCUGUUUGACACUGCCGUGGAGACCAUUGUCAGCUCUAUAUCCCAACCUGACUGCCAGAGAUACACUGAUGCUCUGGUGAACUUGAUGCCCCUGGUGCUGGGUCUCCAUGACCAGCUGAAAGCCGCAGCGAGGGACGGAGACAUGGAGACCUCCCAUGGCAUCUGUCGCAUCGCUGUUGCUCUGGGGGAAACACACUCCAGGACUCUUCUGGAACAGGUGGAACACUGGCAGGGAUACCUGGCCCUAGUCAACAUGAUCCUGUUCUGUACUGGCAUCCCCGGGCACUACCCAGUCAACGAGACCACCAGCUCCCUCACACUCACCUUCUGGUACACUCUGCAGGAUGACAUCCUGUCAUUUGAGGAGGACAAGCAGGUAGUCUACCUGCAGGUCUACAGACCAGUCUACUUCCAGCUGGUGGAUGUUCUGCUACACAAGGCCCACUUCCCCUCAGAGCAGGACUAUACUUCCUGGUCCUCAGAUGACAAGGAGCAGUUCAGGAUCUACAGAGUCGACAUAUCAGACACUCUGAUGUAUGUGUACGAGAUCCUGGGGGCGGAGCUUCUCAGUAACCUCUAUGAUAGACUGGGCCGACUGCUGAUGGACACGGAGAGACCGACAGCAUGGCAGGACACUGAGGCACUUCUCUUUGGCUUCCAGGCUAUAGCAGAGACCAUAGACGUCAACUACUCUGAUGUCAUCCCAGGCCUCAUCGGUCUGAUCCCACGGAUCAGUAUAAGCAACAUUCAGCUAGCUGACACCGUCAUGUACACUAUAGGUUCUCUAGCGGAGUGGAUGGCGGACCAUCCGAUGAUGUUAGGCAAUGUAUUACCAAUGGUGCUCCAGGGCUUGGUGAAGGCUGAGCUGUCCGUGUCCAGCGUGUCCACACUGAAGAGAAUUUGCAGAGAGUGUCGUCACGACCUCGCCCCUUACAUCCAUGACAUCAUGACCGUGUCACAGGACGUACUGGUCAAAGAUAUCCACAAGAGCAGCCAGUGCAUGUGGCUGAUGCAGGGCCUGGGCUUCCUACUCUCUGCCUUGCCAAUGGAGGAGAUCCUGGGCAGCCUGACCACCCUCCUCACCCCCCACAUCCAGAGGCUAGACACCCUGGCACACCAGGAGCCCAGCCCCACUGCCAAGCUAUCUAUCAUCCACAUCCUGGGUAUGCUGUCCAGUCUGUUCACUACACUGGACAUCAGCAGGCAGGACGAGGGGUCAGAGGGCACCACCCCAGCUCAGGCCAGGCCCAACCCAGUGGUGGUGGUCUUACAGCAGGUCUUCACAUUGAUCCAGACCAUCCUCAGCAAGUGGCUCAGUGACUCAGAAGUGGUGGUGGCAGUGUGUGGGGUGUUUGAGAGGUCCGUAAAGACCCUCCUCAAUGACUUCGCUCCCAUGGUACAACAGCUCAGUGAGAUGCUGGGACAGAUCUACAGCGCCUUCCCACAAGCCUCUGCUCUCGACCUCACACGCCAGAUGGUCCACAUAUUUGCAGGUGAGAAAGAUCAUUUCGGCCCCAUCCAGGCCCUUAUUGAGCUGGUCACAUCCACCACCCUCUCUAUCUUCCAGCAAGGCCCAAGGGAACAUCCUGAUAUUGUUGAGUCAUUCAUGCAACUCCAUGCCCAGGCCCUCAAAAGGAAGCCUGACCUCUACCUGUCUGACCAUCAAGAUGUAAAGGCUCUAUUCUACUGCGGGGUCCUGUCACUCAAGUUCCCGGAGACGCCUACAGCGAAGUCAGCCUGUAUGUUCUUUGCAGAGUACACCUGGCAUACCCCUUUAAUCCACUGAUUGAAAAAGUGAGUGGUGUUCCUUUCACCUCAAUGGUGGCAUCCAGUUUAAGCCAGGCCCAGGCCAAGCUCCACUUCAUCCCUGAAUCCACUUGUUUAACAACCAACACCUCAUUUUCAGGGGCGGUAGGUAGCCUAGUGGGUAGUGUUGAACCGAAAGGUUGCUGGAUCGAAUCCCCGAGCUGACAAGGUAAAAAUCUGUCGUUCUGCCCCUGAACAAGGCAAUUAACCCCCUGUUUCCCUGUAGGCCAUCGUUGUAAAUAAGAAUGUGUUGAUAACUGACUUGCCUAGUUAAAUAAAUGUUAAAUAUAUAUUUUUUUAAUUAUUCACCUAAUUCUCUCAUUCGGAAAAUGAACCACAUACUUUAGAGGGAAAACAUCAGUUCACAGAUAGUUCAUUAGCUAGUUAACAUUUCACACAGAUUGCCAGGGUCCAGUAAGCAACUAACGCGUUAUAACUUGAAGAACACCAAGGAGUCGUAUACCAUUUAAUACUACAGCGAAUUGGUUAGGUUAUUAAUGUUAGCUCAUCUGAUGUUGUAACGUUAGCUGUCUGACUAUUAGCCAGCUAAUUUCACACCAUAAACUCAAUUAUUUGAUCAGUUAAGUUGGCUAAUGUUGCUCAACAUUUCUCUGGCUAGCUAACGGAGAAUUCCAUCCAGCUAGCAAGAUACUUAAUGCUAACAAUACUUGUUCCACCACACUUUCCAAAUGCCAGUAGUUUUUCGGUUAUAGCUCAUGAAAUAGCUUCAUCACCUUCUCACCCCGUUUCCGUGAUCAGGCUUCUCACCUACCUCUUCGUUAUCAUUCAGGAGACGAGCAAACUGCCUUUCAUUUACAAAUGUACCUCCAUAAUUUCCACUCUCCCGCUGUCUUUCCAGAGCGCAGGCUGAUGAUGUAACUAGCAAAUUGGUUGUCUUUUCUCUCUUCAGUCGCGUGCUGCAUUCUGUUAUGUGAACGAUUGGUUGAGCCUCGUUCUACAACCAGUAGUGAUCCAAAGCCCCCUCCCAAACUGUUCUCAGAUUUAUACAAAGCACGUAGGUCACCUAUUUUAGAUUUAAAACGGUGAAUAUCCCCAAAAGGUGACUAUUUUGCAUCCCUGCAUAACUCCUGUUUAUUCUGCACCCCUCCUGUCAUAAUGUGGCUGUUCCAUACAUCCUUCCUCCGUACCUCCCCAUCAGAUGGAGUUGGUCUGUCAUUGUGGAGACAUCCCUCCUAUUGGUCAGGUGCUACAGAGGGACGGGAAGCUUCUCGUCCACACCAUC